CCCUGCUCCCGACACCUCCUCCCCCCGACUCCUUCCCGGCGCCGCUAAGUUUCUCCGGUCGGGACCGCGCGCAGAGCCGGGGCCGGGCCGGAGCGGCGCCCCGCGCUACCCUGUCCCCUCGCGCAGACCCCGGGCCCGGCCCCGGCCCCACCAAGCCAUGCUGUGCGGCCGCUGGAGGAGCCGCCGCCGGCGGCCCGAGGAGCCCCCGGUGGCGGCCCAGGUCGCGGCGCCCCUUCUGCUCGCGCCCCCGGACGGCGACACCAAGAGGCCCGGGCUGCGGGCACUGAAGAAGAUGGGCCUGACGGAGGACGAGGACGUGCGCGCCAUGCUGCGGGGCUCCCGGCUCUGCAAGAUCCGCUCACGGACGUGGCACAAGGAGCGGCUGUACCGGCUGCAGGAGGACGGCCUGAGCGUGUGGUUCCAGAGGCGCAUCCCGCGCGCGCCGUCGCAGCACAUCUUCUUCGUGCAGCACAUCGAGGCGGUCCGCGAGGGCCACCAGUCCGAGGGCCUGCGACGCUUCGGGGGCGCCUUCCCGCCGGCGCGCUGCCUCACCAUCGCCUUCAAGGGCCGCCGCAAGAACCUGGACCUGGCGGCGGCCACCCCGGAGGAGGCGCAGCGCUGGGUGCGCGGUCUGGGCAAGCUGCGCGCGCGCCUCGACGCCAUGAGCCAGCGCGAGCGCCUCGAUCACACCCACACCUGGAUCCACUCCUAUCUGCACCGGGCCGACUCGAACCAGGACAGUAAGAUGAGCUUCAAGGAGAUCAAGAGCCUGCUCAGAAUGGUCAACGUGGACAUGAACGACAUGUAUGCCUACCGCCUCUUCAAGGAGUGCGACCACUCCAACAAUGAGCGGCUGGAGGGGGCUGAGAUUGAGGAGUUUCUGAGGCGGCUGCUGAAACGCCCCGAGUUGGAGGAGAUCUUCCAUCGGUACUCCGGCGAGGACCGCGUGCUGAGCGCCCCUGAGCUGUUGGAGUUCCUGGAGGACCAGGGCGAGGAUGGCGCCACGCUGGCCCGUGCCCAGCAGCUCAUCCACACCUAUGAGCUCAAUGAGACAGCCAAGCAGCAUGAGCUGAUGACACUGGAUGGCUUCAUGAUGUACCUGUUGUCACCCGAAGGGGCUGCUCUGGACCCAGCCCACACAUGUGUGUUCCAGGACAUGGACCAGCCCCUCUCCCACUACUUCAUCUCCUCCUCGCACAAUACCUAUCUGACUGACUCUCAGAUCGGGGGGCCCAGCAGCACCGAGGCCUAUGUUAGGGCCUUUGCUCAGGGGUGCCGCUGUGUGGAGCUAGACUGCUGGGAGGGGCCAGGAGGGGAGCCCGUCAUCUACCACGGCCACACCCUCACCUCCAAGAUCCUCUUCCGAGACGUGGUCCAGGCUGUGCGUGACCACGCCUUCACUCUGUCCCCAUACCCUGUCAUCCUGUCCCUUGAGAACCACUGCGGGCUGGAGCAGCAGGCUGUCAUGGCCCGCCACCUUCGCACCAUCCUGGGAGACGUGCUGGUGACACAAGCGCUGGACUCCCAGAACCCCGAAGAGUUGCCAUCCCCAGAGCAGCUGAAGGGCCGGGUCCUGGUGAAGGGGAAGAAGCUGCCAGCUGCUCGGAGCGAGGACGGUCGAAUUCUGUCCGACCAGGAGGAGGAAGAUGAAGAGGAAGAAGAGGCAGAGGCCACAGAACAGAGGCGGCGGGCCAAGCAGAUCUCCCCCGAGCUGUCGGCCCUGGCCGUGUACUGCUGUGCCACCCGCCUGCGGACCCUGCGCCCCAACCCGGUCCCACCCCAGCCCUGCCAGGUCAGCUCCCUCAGCGAGCGCAAGGCCAAGAAGCUCAUCCGAGAGGCAGGGAACAGCUUCGUCAGGCACAAUACCCGACAACUGACCCGUGUUUACCCACUGGGGCUGCGGAUGAACUCCGCCAACUACAGCCCCCAGGAGAUGUGGAACUCAGGCUGUCAGCUUGUGGCCUUGAACUUCCAGACACCAGGCUACGAGAUGGACCUCAAUGCUGGCCGCUUCCUCAUCAACGGGCAGUGCGGCUACAUCCUGAAACCUGCCUGCCUGCGACAGCCUGACACAACUUUUGACCCUGAGUGUCCUGGACCCCCCAGAACUACUCUCACCAUCCAGGUUCUGACUGCGCAGCAGCUGCCCAAGCUGAACACCGAGAAGCCAAACUCCAUCGUGGACCCCCUGGUGCGUGUCGAGAUCCACGGGGUGCCCGCAGACUGUGCUCGAAAGGAGACCAACUACGUGCUCAACAAUGGCUUCAACCCCCGCUGGGGGCAGACCCUGCAGUUCCAGCUGCGGGCUCCAGAGCUGGUCCUGGUCCGGUUCGUGGUAGAAGAUUAUGACACCACCUCCCCCAAUGACUUUGUGGGCCAGUUUACACUGCCUCUCAACAGCCUGAAGCAAGGGUACCGCCACAUCCACCUGCUUUCCAAGGACGGGGCCUCACUGUCACCAGCCACACUCUUCGUCCACAUCCGCAUCCAGCGCUUCUGAGAGCUGGACUGACCCACCCUGGGGUUCCUCGGGUGCCAGUCUACACCCCGUGGCGGAGGCUCUCUCCUCCUCCGCAGUAGAGGGGUGGUGGGAGGACCAGCCCCUCCAGCCUGCUCGCCCUGCCAUUGGCUAGACUCCAGUCUCAACUGGGUGCUGGGGGGUGGCCUUGGCCCCUCCUGAGAACAGGCAUCAGCGCUUUCUCCUACAACCCUGGAGCCUUGAGAUGGCCCCCACUCCUUGGAUUCUCGGCCCACUCCCUCGUCGUGGCUGGUGAAGAGCGAGGCCUGUCGUUGCCAGAUUUGAGGAAGACACAUGAGCCUUGAACUCCUCUCUGCCCCCCCGGGGGGAGGCCAUCCCAGCCUCCUUCUCCCAGAGUGUCCGGCCCCCUCCUUGUCCCCCAGCCCACACCAGGCCUUAGUGCCCCCGAAGGCCCUCCCCUGGCUAGGCUUUCCUGGGCUCCUCCCUCAAGCUCUUGAACCUGAGCUCCCUUCCCGUCUUAAGAAGGGAAAGCCGAGGAAACCUGGGAGUAGGUUUCAAGUUGUGCCACAGAAGAGCCCUGGAGCAGACAGAACAAGACCAUUGGUUUAAAAAAAUAAAGAAGCAUGGGCGCCUGGGUGGCUCAGUCAGUUAAGCGUCUCUUGGUCUGUGAGUUUGAGCCCCUCAUCGGGCUCUGUGCUGACAGCUCAGAGCCUGGAGCCUGCUUCAGAUUCUGUGUCCCUCUUUCUCUGCCCCUCCUCUGC